ACGCUAUUAUACAUUGUAUACAUUUCAUAUGCGAGGCCCUUUAAUUGAAAAGGAAGAAGCAGAGGUUAAGUUGACUCGUCAGCACGUGUUUUUUAGUUACCUGAUAUUUACGAAAAAUGGCUAAAAAGAGUUUAGUUGACCAAAUAAAUACUUUAAUUACGACGAAACCAGAUUUCAACUCGGACGAAGAACUAGAAGAUACAUGGGCGAAAGUAAUAGAACCUUACAAUGACAGCGAUGUUUCGGAUAACGACUUUCGGACGUCUAAAAUACGCAAACAAAAUAUUGAUACCUUGGAUCAAAUGGACGAGAGAUAUGCGGGAAAAAAGAUUUCAAGGAAAGAUAUAUACAGCGAUGAGGACGAUAGUAUGAAUGAAGAUGUGGAAAACGAAAUCUAUAAGAAUAAUGUUGAAGAUGAGAUGGGUGGUACAAUGAAGCCAAAUGUCGAUGAGUUAGAUAGCAGUAAAGAAACAAGUUUAAAAGAGGAAUCUACAGAUGUCUCGGAAAGUACGUCUGAUUGGAAAGACGAUUGUAAUAUGGCAGAAUUGGGUAUUAUCCAACCUUGUAACAUGGAUAUCAAUGAACCACUCUACAAACAGGAGGACUCUAUUAUCAAAACAAUAUCUGAAACAAAUAUUGGAACAGAAAUAGAAAGAGGCAACUGUGUUAGGAAUCAAUUAAAACUUUGGGAAAAUUUCUUGGAAAUGCGAAUAAAGCUGCAGAAAUGCGUUGUAAUUAGUAAUCAAAUGCCACAGUAUGAUACACAUAAGGAAUUCAGAUCAUCAAAUGUGAACUUCAUGAAGAAAGUUAAUGAAACUAAAUUGAAACUGGCGUUAAUCAUGGAGAACAUGCUGCAAUUAAGAGAUCUCUUAUUAAAACAAUAUCCUGAGACAAAAAAUCUACGUAUUGAUGCUAAGAAGAGAAAAACUGAAAACAAGAAAAAGAACACAGAUACAGAUAAUCCAAUGGAUGAAAAAGUAUUUUCCGAUACCGAAGAUGAAUUAGAAAACGAAGGGCAAUUAUCCGUUGAUGAAAACACAGAAGCAGUUAAAGAAUCAGUGCCUCAAAAACGCUUUAGAUAUAAUGACUACGAGAAAGUUCUGCAAAAAGACCACGAUUCUUACAAAGAAUAUCGAGACUUGAUUAUAAAAAAAUGGAAUGAUAAGACACGAAUUGCCACGGGCUCACUGAGCAAGGGCUCAGGUCAGUCUACACUAAAACAAAUUGAGUUUACCAUAAGCGACAUAAACAAGUUACGAAAGAAAACUCAAUUAAAACGCUCUGAAUACAGUGUUGUCGGUAAAGCUUCGCCAAACGAGGACAACGAUGGUAGAAGAAUUCAGGAAUACGAUCCGGAAAUUUAUGACGAUGACGAUUUUUAUCAUCAACUGUUGCGGGACCUGAUAGAAUACAAAUCGUCGGACAUGAUGGAUCCUAUACAGCUCAGUAAACAGUGGAUUCAAUUGCAGAACAUGCGUAAGAAAAUGAAAAGAAAAAUCGAUACUCGUGCAACAAAAGGCAGACGGGUGCGAUACAAUAUUCACAACAUGCUGGUUAAUUUUAUGGCACCCAUCACAGUAUAUGAUACGUGGACAGACAAUGCCAAAAAUGAACUGUACAAUUCAUUAUUUGGUAAAAUAGAAUCAAAAGAAGAACAGAUAAAACAGUAAUUAUAACUGUAAUAUAUAUAUAUAUAUAUAUAUAUAUAUAUAUAUAUAUAUAUAUAUAUACACAUAUACACACUGUGUAAACUGUAGUUUGUAAUUUUAUGUCAAAAUAUUAUAUGAAAAUUAUAUUUAUACAUGUAUUGACAAAUAAACAUCAUUGUCAGUUCCUA